AUGUUGGGGAUGUCACCGGUGAAAGAUGGGGUCGCAGAUCCACAAUCAACAGUAAUAUUGUCAGGAGCUGGUAUUUCUGUGGCUUCUGGAUUGGCGGAUUAUCGAGGCUCGAAGGGCACAUAUGUGCUGAACAAAUCAUAUCGACCUGUUUACUACCAUGAAUUUCUUGCCAGCGACCAGGCACGUCGAAGAUACUGGGCAAGGAGUUUCUUAGGGUGGACGAAUUUACACAAAGCCAAGCCCAAUUCAACUCAUUAUGCUAUUAAGGACCUUGCCGAUAUGAAUAUUGUGAAGCGGGUGGUCACUCAGAAUGUUGAUUCAUUUCACUCGGAGGCACAUCCAAAUUUGGCAACUGUUGAACUUCAUGGAUAUCUUCGAGCUUUGACAUGUGUCACCUGCCGAAAAGACCUACCUCGAGAUGUUUUCCAGGAAUCUUUAGCAAGAUUGAAUCCAGCAUGGGCGGCAUUUUUGGCCGAUAUUAUCGAAUCUGGAGCUUUAACAACGGAGGAUCCAGAAGAUCGUCGAGCAAAAGGUAUGAAGGCAAAUCCUGACGGAGAUGUUGAUGUGCCCGGAGCACCAUAUGGUACCUUCAGAUAUCCAGCAUGCCCUCAUUGUCUUGAGAAUCCUCCAGUUCUAAAAGAUGGAUCACAAUCGAUUGUAGAAGUUGACCAGGAUGGAGCUUGGAAAGCAACAAGUACAGCUGGUGUAUUAAAACCUGCUGUGGUCAUGUUUGGGGAGAGCAUAGAUGCGCAAGUAAAGGAAGCUGCUGAACAAGCGAUAGAUGAUUCUGGUAGGCUGCUGGUAUUGGGUACUUCUCUUGCUACGUAUUCUGCAUGGAGACUAGCACGACGAGCUCAAGAGCGAGGCAUGCCUAUUGCAAUUCUGAAUCUAGGCGGAGUCAGGGGCGAGGAGGCAUUCUUUAAGAAUUUUCCUGGCGGCCAAACUGGAGAAUUGGGUGUAAGGGCCGAACUAGGAACUGACAUAGUCCUACCUGCACUUGUUGAUCAAUUAAACCGGAUUGGAUUCACGUCUAGAAAAGACGGUAUUCAAACUCCCUAUGAAGCACGACAGAAAAACAGUGGUAUGUUUAAGGACAUGCUAUCGUAG